UUAUCAACAAUAUACUAAAAAAAAAACUAAAUCCAAAUUUCGAGUGAAAUUAAAAUGAGGCAUCAUGAUGGUGCCACUGGUAUCUGAAUGGUGCCAAACAUGAAAACACGCAGAAGAAAUCUUGUCUCUCGGUUACAAAUUCAGAUCACAAAUGGUCGAGAUUUCUGAAUAGUAUCUGAGUGAUACUUGCGGAAAUGUCCAGUUCGUCCGAUGAUGAAGAUGAUGUCAUGAAACGACGUCUCCUCGAAGCUGCUUCGGAAGAACUUAUUGAUCAUAUGAAUAAGAAAAAAGAUUCGAAACCACCAAAGAAGAAGAACAUUGUGGACAAGCCAUCACUGAGAAAGAAUGGAAAUGAAGAAUCUGACAAACAAUUUGAACUGACCUCAACACCAGAGUUCAAAUCAUUCAUUUCUAAGAAACUAUCUUCAUACUUGGAUGGAAUAAUAGAAAUACAGAAAAAUUCCAACAUUACAAAACCAAACAACACACAAGACCUUGAUAACUGUGGGAUAAAAUUACUCCAGUCAUCAGAAUCUUUUCUGAAGGAAGCAAAUGAUCGAGAUAUAUUGAAUCUCAGAUUGAAACAAUCAGAGAUGAAGAAACGUUCCACAGCUUUAUCUUCAGAUGAAUCUUCGGACGAAGAGGAAAGACUGAAAUUUGCCUCGGUAUGCAUGACUGGAGACACUAUUUUGAAAAGUGGGGAGGGGGCUUUUCGGAGAUGUGUCAAUAAAAACACAAAGUUAACCAAUCACAAUCGAUUAACCACUUCUGGUGAUAUUAACCAUAAUAUUAAGCCUAAGAAGAAAAAACGGAAGAAAUCAGAAGUAACUACAUGACAGUCAUGAACUUGCUGACAAAUAAAAAGGUCAAAGGUCAAACUGAGAGAGAGCACACAAAGCUCUGUAUCCAUCUGUCAUGAAGUGUGUUAACUGUUCUAUGUCCAGCCGACAUUUGAAAAAAAGGAAGUCUGCUGGAAAUGACAAUGGAAUAAGGGCUCAUUGUGCUGGAUUCUGUUUAAAAUUGUUGUCAGUCAACCCAUAGGCUAUUCAAAGAAAUAAUACUGAGACAAUAGGCGGUGUGGUGCAUGGUGAUAAGCCCGCCACUGCACCUCUGAUUACCCUGCGUGGGUUAGCUUCUUGUGGAUAAUUAUAUGCGAGAGGAUCGCUGGACUCCUUGUCGCAGUGAGGUGGUUCAUUCCUCCACCAUUAAGUACAUGCAUCUGACACAAAUAACUGGCUAACCGGACUAGAUGCCGUGGCUCGCCAUAUCAUUAAGCCAUCUUAUUGACUUUCCUCGCUCCCAGGGUAAUAAAUAUGUAAAUCCUA